AACGAGAUAGAUUAAUUAGAGGCCCAUAUAUGAUUUAUUAGGGCACGUUGGUCAUUUAAAGUCCACUAUAAAUUCAAUCAGAAAUUAGGGUUUUGUGUUGCAGACGCCGUAUUUGUAUCGCGGAAAGUAAACCUAGCCGAGCAGAUCUACCUCUCUCUCUCAGUACUCAGAGAUGGCCAAGUCGAAGAAUCACACGGCGCAUAACCAGUCGGCGAAAGCCCACAAGAACGGAAUCAAGAAGCCAAGGAGACACCGUCACACCCCAACCAGAGGAAUGGACCCUAAGUUCCUGAGGAACCAGAGGUACGCAAGGAAGCACAACGUCAAGGCCGGCGAGAAUGCUAGCGCUGAAGAAUAAGUGUUUUGAUUAUCUGUGAGACAUUUUGAAGUUUUUUUUUAAUGAAUUUAAGACUUUCUUAGACAAAGGAACCAAUUUACUUUGCGCUUUUGAUCAUGUUUACGCAAUUGUGGUUUGUGUACUCUCUUAUCCUGGCCUUAAUUUAAUAUCAGCAGUUUUCUAUGCAUCUUCUCUUAUCUGCAAGUUACUUGAUUCGUUACCGAUUCUUUUAUUGUUUAGCAUAUAUGUUUGUGUGUACCUGAAAUCUGAUAGCCGAAUUUGAUCUACAAAUUAGAUGUUAAGCAUAUAAUCCGUACUUGAUCUACAAUCAUCUUUGAUUGUUAAACAUAUAUGUUUUGUGUUUUUAUUGUUUCUUUUAAAUUACAUGUAGCUUCGCUAUUUGUUGGUUCAUG